AUGAUGAACAAAGAAUACCAAGGCACUGUUCAGAAGAAAGCUGUGAGAGAAGAUGGUCAGUUUGAUGUUGUCGUAGAUACCAGUUGUAAACUUUUCAAAGAUCUAUCAAAGGAAGAAUCUGUGUUACUGACGCAUGGAGAUAGUUUAGAUAAAGUCGCUGAUGGUUUUCAAGUUGUUGCAAAAUCUGGGGAUAUUAUUGCGGCUAUUGCCAAUGAAAAAAAAAAUCUGUACGGAGUUCAGUUUCAUCCUGAAGUGGAUCUCACAGAAAAUGGACAAAAGAUGAUUAGGAACUUCCUAUAUAACAUUGUUGGUUGUACUGGCACAUAUACUAUGGAUAGUAGAGAAAAUAAAUGCAUUGAUGAAAUAAGGAGUGUUGUUGGGGAUCACAAAGUUUUAGCGUUAGUGAGUGGAGGUGUUGAUUCCACUGUCUGUGCAGCAUUAUUACACAAAGCAUUAGACAAUUCACAAGUCAUAGCCGUUCAUAUCGAUAAUGGUUUCAUGCGAAAGAAUGAAAGCCAAUCUGUAGCUGAGUCGCUAAGUGAACUCGGACUGAAACUUAAAGUUGUAAAUGCUUCCCACACAUUUUACAAUGCAACAACUUCGGUGCCAACGGAUGAGAAGGACCCAUCGUCACGUAAACGUAUAACAAAGACACUGAAUACCACGUCACAUCCAGAAGAGAAAAGAAAAAUUAUCGGAGAUGCGUUUAUGAAAAUUGCCGAUGACAUUUGUGCAGAUAUGAACCUGAAACCUGAAGAUGUUAUUUUAGCCCAAGGUACGCUACGACCUGAUUUGAUUGAGAGUGCAUCCAAACUUGUCAGCGGUAAAGCUGACGCCAUUAAAACCCACCACAAUGAUACCGAACUAGUACGACAGUUACGAGCACAAGGAAGAGUAGUUGAACCGCUAAAAGAUUGUCCUGGUCUUGCUAUUCGGGUGAUAUGUGCCGAAGAACCAUUUAUUUGCAGAGAAUUUGCAAAAACGAAUACUCUUAUUCGAAUGAUAGUUGACUACAGUAAUGCAGUUCAAAAGCCUAGUGCCUUACUCAGUAGACUGCACAGUAGUACGACAGAAACAGAACAACGUAUGCUGAUGGAUAUCGGCAGUACUGAUGAGCUGUCGGCAACGUUACUACCAAUAAAAACAGUAGGAGUACAAGGAGAUUGCCGUUCUUAUAGUUAUGUUGUUGGUUUAUCUAGUGAAAAGUCACCUAACUGGCCUAAUUUAAUUAAACUGGCUAAAAUUAUACCUCGUAUAUGUCACAAUGUGAAUCGAGUUGCUUUUAUAUUUGGGGAUGCGGUGAAAGAAACGAUAAAUGAUGUCACUCCCACCUAUCUUACAACUGGUGUGCUCAGUCAACUUAGGCAGGCUGAUUACCUGGCACAUAAGGUACUCACAAAAAAAGGUUACAGCAGAAAAAUAAGUCAGAUGCCUGUUAUUUUAAUACCAUUACAUUUUGGACGUGAUCCAUUACUACGACAACCAUCCUGCCAAAGAUCAGUUGUUAUUAGGACGUUUAUUACUGCAGACUUUAUGACUGGUGUCCCUGCAGUACCCGGGAAUCAACUGCCAGAAGAGGUUAUUAAUGAAAUGGUGUCUCAAGUGAAAACUGUGCCCGGGAUUUCUCGUGUUCUGUACGAUAUGACGGCGAAACCACCAGGUACCACGGAAUGGGAAUAAAAACAGAUCUGAAAUAUACUCAUAGA